AUGGGUCUGAUAACUAGAACUUCGAAUUCUCAAAAUCUUGCGGUCGCCUAUUAUUCGACAAGUCCACAAAGUCAACAGAGGGCGAGAAUCAGUUGCCAGGCAGUGGCUCGUCCAGCGCCCUGCAAUUGUGGUUGGUCCCUGCCCACACGUAUAGCCAAUGGGCGAGAGGCGAGCAAACAUGAGUAUCCUUCCAUGGUGGGUAUACGUGAUUUAAACUCUAAUUUAAACAUCCUUUGUGGUGGGACUAUUGUAAGUGAUCGUUAUAUAGUGACAGCAGCUCAUUGUAUCAAUUGGGCAAAUAGGGAAACAAAGCUACUGGGAAUUUCUAUAGAUGUUGCUGUAGCUGCUUUUCAAUUAGUGCCAACAGGCACUACCAAUACCAUAGCCACGACCACGCCCACGCCAACGCCCACUCCCAUUCCUGAGUACCUAUGCACCGACUGCAGGAAUGUGUUUUUUGUUGUGGCUCUCUACGAGCAGUGUAAUCAUGAAGUGAAAUUACAAUCGGGCCAGAAAUUAUAUAUAAAUUCUCCUUAUUAUCCUGGCCUUUAUCCAGUGGGAACUUCUUGCCGUUAUGCUGUGCAGGCACCCGACAAUCAUUUAAUUCAAUUCAAAUGUGAUUUGAAAUUGCAAACGCCCUCAACGGAUUUGACCUGCCGAAAGGAAGUGUUCCACUUCAAUGCCGAGGGCGAUGAGGUGUUGACAACAUCCGAAUACUUUUGUGGCAGCGGCAAAUUUGAGCGAAAAAGUUUUCUCAAUCGUGCUGUGAUUUCCUACAUAUCCCAGCAAUGGCCAGAGAAGCCGCCGAGACCAAAGUUAAAGGAUAAAGUGGCCGCUGCCGUCACCACUAGCACCUCCACCACAACAACAACGACACCGCCUCCUCCAAUUGCCGAAGAGGAAGAUGUUGAAGAGGACCUAAGUGACGAGGUUCUGCACGUGCUCCAGGAUGUGGGCGUCAGUGAUGCUCUGGCAUAUGUGGCCUCUCUCCUAUACGAUGAACCAGUGGAGGAUGAAGAGGAGCGUAAUAACGUCAACUUCAACAAUGGUCACACAGUUUACUUAAAACAAUUGCCAAGUCACAGCAGUUCAAAGACUUCCGCAAAACGUGGCAAAAUUGUUUCAGGUUUUCUUACACCAAGUACAGAACCAGGAGUUGCUGGUGGUGGACGUUUCUCUUGCCUGAUUGAGGCCCAACUGCCCAAUUGUGAUUGUGGCUGGAGUUUGCCAUCCCCAGCCCGUAUAGCCACUCCAACGAAUGACGAGGCUGCCCUCCAUGAGUUUCCACCUAUGGCCGGGGUCUUGACCAAGAAGCAAGGAAAGGUCUUUUGCGGAGCAGCCAUUAUCCAUCAAUACUAUCUGCUCUCGGCUGCCCACUGUUUUGUUAGUUCGGAGACCAAAAGAGCAGAACUCCUACGCAUUGUAGUGGGUGAACGAUUUGAAACACCCUUCACUCGUCGCUAUGAUCUACAGACACUGAUCCUGCACGAGCAAUUCGCCCAAUUGCCCAAUGGUCAGCUGAAGAAUGAUAUAGCCUUGCUGAAAACUCAAAAACCCAUCACCUGGAGUCGCUAUGUUGGACCUGCUUGUCUGCCGUUGCAAGCAGCUUUAAAUGGAAAAAAGUUACCUCUGGUGGGUCAGCAAGUGAUUGCAGCCGGUUGGGGUACCACAUCGUACGGUGGUCCACAAACACAUCGUUUGCUCAAAACCAAUUUGGAUGUAAUCGAUGGCCAACAAUGCCGAAAUUCUUUGGGUACUGUGCCAACUCAUAUUUUCUGUACUUAUACACCGGGCAGAGAUACUUGUCAAUACGAUUCGGGCGGAGCUCUCUAUGAGAGAAGUGCACAAGGACGUCUUAUGGCUGUGGGUAUAGUUAGUUUUGGCCUUGGCUGUGCCACUCAACAGCCAUCGGUUAAUACGCGUGUGGCUUCAUUUGUCAAAUGGAUACGUGGCAAGACACCCGAGGUUGCAUAUUGCCUAAAGAGUCUAAGCUGA